AUGGGUGGGGUGGGAAAGACAACCUUAAUGAAUGUCUUGAAUAGUGAGCCUGAAAUUCAAACUAUGUUUCAUAUUGUAAUACGGGUAACCGUCUCAAAAUCUUGGAGCAUUAGGAAGAUUCAAGAUGAAGUUGCACUGCGCUUGUCAUUACCGGAUGUAAAGGAUAAAACAGAUGAUAGAGUUUCAAUAAUGUUGUUUGAGAAACUCAAGGGCAAGAAGUAUUUGUUGCUUCUGGAUGAUGUUUGGGAAGAAGUGGAUUUGAUCAGAGUGGGUAUACCAAGUACAAGUCAAGAGAAGGGUUGCAAAAUUGUUCUGACAACCAGAGAUAUUGGAGUUUGUCGAAAAAUGUUAACUGAUAAGGAGAUCAAAGUGGAAGUUUUAGACCAAAGUGAAGCAUGGAAAUUGUUUAACUCAAAAGCGGGAGGAAUCUCAUUGCUCCCAACUACCAAGCCGAUUGCUGAAAAAAUCGUCAGAAAGUGUGGUGGCUUACCACUUGCACUAAAAGUAGCAGGUGGGGUGUUGAGAAUGGUUGAAGAUGUAAGCGUGUGGAGUAAUUUUUUGAACAAGUUGAAUUCAUCAGCUAUGUCUGACACUGAAACUAUGAAUGAGGAUGUGUUCAAGUCAUUGAAGGUCAGUUACGACGCGUUGAAGGGUGACAGCAUCAAGAAUUGUUUUCUGUAUUGUGGCUUGUUUCCAGAAGAUGCAAAGAUUAAAAAAUCUAGGCUGAUCACUUAUUGGAGAGCGGAGGGGUUUCUUUGGAGUAAAGGGACUUUGAAAGAUGCUUAUGAUGAUGGGUGUGCGAAAUUACAUGACCUUAUUGGUGCAUCUCUGUUGGAGAAGUGUGAGGAUGAAAAACAUGUAAAGAUGCAUGAUGUGGUUCGAGAUUUAGUUCUGACGAUGACUUCUGCGGGAGGAGAGGAGAGCAGGUUCAUGGUGAGAGCUGGACUGUCCAUGUCCGUGCAGGAAAUACCUGAUGAUAAGGAAUGGGAAGAAGCAAGUAGGAUUUCAUUUAUGUAUGCCAAGGAAUACAAAUUACCAGAGAAGCCAAAAUGUCCCAAGCUGUCAACAUUGCUGCUUCAGCCACGUGGAUAUUAUCUGGAGGCAAUACCUGAAUGUUUCUUCAAUCACAUGCCUAACCUUCGACUUUUGGAUCUGUCAGGAAGUCGCAUCUCCUCAUUGCCAUCCUCCAUCUCAAAUUUGGUCAACCUUCGAGCAUUGCUUUUGGAAGGAUGCGACAAUUUACAGGCUUUCCCUCAGGAAGUAAGUGUGCUCCAGAGACUUGAGGUGCUCCAUGUCAGCAGUGCGUACAAUAUGCCGUAUCAACCUAGUGAGAUGUGGAAGUUAACCAGCCUUAAAAGUUUGAAAUUUUCACCUCUAACUUUGAGAGUCCACAAAGAUGAGGUGCGGAAGUUGACCGGCCUUAAACGUUUGAAAAUUUUACCUCUAAGUGUGAGAGUCCCCAAAGAUGAGAUGGUUCCUUCUAGUGUGACCAUAUCCAGACUUUCCCUGCUUCAAGAAUUGAGUAUUAAAAGGAUGAAAGGGGAAUUGAGUAAUUUGGAAACUUUUGCAAAAGAGGUUGGCAGCUUGACACGGCUCUCUUCACUUAAAUUCGACUUCACAACAAAGUAUUGUCUGACACACUUUCUCAAUAACAGCCAACCAUGGAAAGAUCGUACCAUACAGAAAUUCAACUUCCAUGUUGGAUAUUUAAAACCGGCAUCAUUAAGUAUUCCCAAAAUAUUUGAGAGGUACCUGUCAUUAUCAUUUAACCCGGAGUAUGAGGAUGGAGGAGAAGUAACUAGUGAAGAAAUAAAACAGGUACUCCUACGUUCGGAGUCUUUUUACCUAAAGGGUUGUGAAACCCUUCAAAUACUAUCAGAGUUGGGUGCGAAAAGAGUUAAUGGGUUAAAAUGUUUAUCCGUCCAUUCUGGUAUACAUGAAUAUAUGAUAGAUGAAGAAGGAUUGCAAGGGCAUGCUUUUGCAAACUUAGAAUACCUUCGAUUGAAAUACUUAGAUCAUUUAAGGGGCAUCUGCUGCGACAAAUUACCAAUGCAAUUAAGCAGCACCACCAAUAGCUUCACCAAACUGAAGGACUUGGAAAUAUCGGGAUGCGAAUCGAUAAAGAAGGUGUUCUCAUGGGGAUUGAUUCCGCAACUCCUUAAUUUAGAAAUAUUGGAUAUUAGUUCUUGUUGGAAAUUGGAGGAGAUAAUUUCAGCUGAUUUCGAUGAGAGGGAGGAGGACAACAGGAGGCUUGAACACGUGAACUUACCCAAACUGAAGCUUUUGGUUCUUGGAUGGUUACGAGAAUUGGUUGGCUUCUCCAAGAGGAAGAGGAACCAUCUGUACUUGCAUUGCCCUUCCUUAGAGGAGGUUACUUUUAAAGAUUGUCCAAAACUGGAAAUAUUUCCUUUUGGCAUCGACAGUGCACCUCAUUUGAGAAAGAUUAAAGGAGAACUGAAAUGGUGGGAAGCAUUAAAAUGGGAAGAUGAUGCCACUAAAUCACGAUUCGCCCCGCUCUUCCAAAUAUAUCGCUGA